GGUCGAUUAUAGAGGAUAGACCUCCAGAGUCCAGUCCUCCAUGUAUAGAACAAUUAACUUUUUUAUUAUUUAAAAAAUAGUAAAUAAUUAUUUAAUUAGUUAAUGUUUUUAAAGCAACCGAAAAAAAGAUUCCUUGUUGACCGAUACCAUCCAAAUGCCCUCCCUGGCCCUCCCGGCUCCCAUCCUUGAUCUGCCUUGGGCCCUUGGCCCUUGAUCCUGCGAACCACUGCGAACAUCCCGGGUUGGCAAGUUGGCAACUCUGGUCGGCCGUCGGGCUCGGGACAGCGGGAGUGACUGUCAUAGUGUCAACUGUGUCAUACCUGUCAUAACUCAUAACUGUAAACUGGUCAUAACUCCAGGUCUCCACAUAACAUAGGCUACAAUUUACCUUUGACAUUGUAAAUUGUAUAGUUCAACUGUUCAAUCCAGUUUUAACCAAGGGCAACAAAGUUAACAUUUGUGAUCAAGAAGGUGAGAUGACUCCACAAAUACCAACACCAAGUUCAGCACAACCACAAUUUGGCGCACCAACUGGUGGUCAACCCGGUCUACAACAAGCAACACAAGGACAAACAAGUGGACAACCAGCUGAUCAAGAACAUCGUAAAUUAGUUCGACAACAACUUGUACUAUUAUUGCAUGCACAUAAAUGUCAAAUACGUGAACGUUCAGCAACAAAUGGUGAAUCAUGGCGUUGUACAUUACCACAUUGUAAAACAAUGAAAAAUGUAUUGACACAUAUGACAACAUGUGAAGACGGUAAAGAAUGCUCAAUGCCACAUUGUAGUUCAUCUAGACAAAUAAUAACACAUUGGAAACAAUGUCUAAACACUGAUUGUCCUGUAUGUUUACCAUUAAAAACAGCAUUAACUCACCUUAAUGCAAAAACAGCUGGUGGUUUGAGACAAGCACUCAUGCCAUCAUUUGAAAAAUUAUACAGACUUGUACCAGAAUCAUUACCAUUUCGUCAACCAGUUGAUCCACAAGCACUUGGCAUUCCAGAUUAUUUUGAUAUUGUUAAAAAACCCAUGGAUUUAUCAACAAUUAAAAAAAAACUCGAUGCUGGAAAAUACAGAGCUCCAUCGGAAUAUUUUCAUGAUGUAUGGUUGAUGUUUGAUAAUGCAUGGCUUUAUAAUAACAAGACAUCACGUGUUUAUAAACAUUGUACAAAAUUGUCAGAAGUAUUUACCGAAAUCAUUGGACCGGUUAUGGAGUCAUAUAGUUAUCGUCAUGAAAAAACAGAGCAGUCAUGAAGAAUUUGAUACCAACUGGAACAAAAGAUUGCUGAUCAAACAAGAGCCAAUCAAUUACAGAGAAUAAUAUAAUU